CCAUUGUUGGUGAAUGAAAAGGAAAGGCCGUGACUGAACGUCAACAUCAACAUAACCAAUCGUAAGGGAAGCUGGAAGCUUCUGGACGAAAAUCAUGGAUCUUAUUUUUCACGAAAAGGAGUCAAAAUUGCUGUCAUGUCUAUAUUUUGUUCUUUCCUUGUUCUAAAGCAAGAGGGCUGUCUGUGUGCUCAACACUGUUUGAAUGCCCUACUCCAAGGACCCUAUUUCACCGCUGUUGAUUUAGCAACACUAGGUCAGCAAAUGGAUGAGCAGGAAAGAGAACGUAUGGCUGAAAAUGGUGUUGAUAGUGAAGAAUACCAAAACUUCAUACGGCAACCAUCGGGAAAUAUGGAUGACAGCGGCUACUUUUCAGUGCAAGUUAUUGCUUCUGCAUUAAAUGUGUGGAAUUUGGAAUUAGUGCCGUACAAUAGUACUGAGCCACGUGCACUUACUGCUCAAAAUGCCCCUCAAGAAAUGCAGGCUUAUAUCUGUAAUUACCAUGACCAUUGGUUUACAAUCCGUCGAUUGGGACGUCAGUGGUUUAAUCUCAAUUCAAUGCUGACGGGUCCUCAGUUAAUAUCAGAUACUUAUCUUUCUGUUUACUUAGCUCAGUUGCAACAUGAAGGAUACUCCAUAUUUGUAGUUUUUGGUACCUUUCCUGACUGUCAGGCACAUGGAAUGUUGUUAAUACAACCUGCUGUGCAGGUAUCUCAACCACAAAGAGUAAAAAUAGAGAAGUCUCAGGGUUACCGUCUUGGAAGUUCAUCUGAUGACCCUGAUUUAGAAAGAGCUCUUAGCCUCAGCAUGGGUCAAGGGUCUUACAAUGAACCAAAUCGAAGUGGUUCAAAAAGUGAUGAAGAGGAAGACAAUGACCUUCAGAGAGCUCUUCAAGAAAGUGUCAGGGAAUCAAAAAUAACAGAACCCUUGCCUAGUGGUCCCAAAAAUUCUUCUGUGACCCAAGACCAGCACUCUGGAGGGGAUGAAGAUGAAGAUUUGCAAAGAGCUCUUCAAUUAAGCCUUCAGCAAGAAAAUAAUUCAUCAGAUAAUGAUUUGAAGAAAGCUUUACAAAUGAGUAUGGAAUGUUUAGAUUCGGACUCAACUGCGGGCACUAGCAAUACCAACCUUGCUGAAAUAAGAGCAAGAAGACUGAGAUAUUUAGAAAAAACUAAUUCUAAAAGUACAAGUUAAAAAAAUUUAUAUUACUCCUUAUGUUAUGUUUAUUUUGUCUUAAGUUUAGUACAUCACUGCAAUGUAAUUAUGAUCAAAUCAGUUUCAGUUUUGUGUCAUUUUAUUUUUGUCUAGCAUUGUGAUAGUACCAAAAUCUAUAAAAUGUGUAGAUUUAGUUACUAAACUUCUGCCUUGGAGAAUGUUGAGAGUUUCAUGAGUUUUGAGAAAGUUACUGUGCAUACGCUAGAAUACCUAUGUUUGCUUACUUCUCUAUAUUUUCAUUAAUAUGAAAUGAAUUGUAACAUUUUAAUCAGUCCUGUUUUGUAAAAGUUAUUAAUCUUAAUUUUACAGCAGCUAUUUCCUCAUGUAUGUUUACAGAACUAAACUUCUGUGUGCUAGAACAGACAGCAGUUAUUGAAAACAACCAAAAUAUUGAUGCUCACGCGGACUGCUUUCCUGUCUUUAUUCGCUUUUUUAAAACACCUACCGAAAGUGAUCUAUGAGUCAUUGAAAAUCAAAUAAUGUGUAGGUCUGUUUCUCUUGUUUUCAGUCUAAAUGUUUAAUUAUAUGUCUGCUUAUACAUUUUUU